AUGCCUACUGAUCCUUCAAUGGGCAGUGGUUCUAAUAGUAAAAGCAGCAAGAAAUCUACGAAAGAAAAUAUCGACUUAUAUGCUAUUCUAGAAGUAGAUAAGAAAGCAACAGCUGAGGAAAUCAAAAAAUCCUAUCGUAAACUCGCAUUAAAAUAUCACCCGGAUAAAAACCCAAAAGAUCCUGAGGCUUCUGAAAAAUUCAAAGAAGUCAAUAGAGCACAUUCUAUACUAGCUAACGAACAGAAGAGGAAAUUGUAUGACCGGUAUGGAGCUCUGGGGAUUUAUGUAGCAGAGCACAUUGAUGAAGAAGACUGGCAGCCGUACCUGGCUUUACGCAACCCUUGUAUACAGUGCCUUGCUUGUACCUGUUUCUUGUGGACAUGUUGUUGUUGCUUCUUCUGUUGUUGUUGCUGUUGUGGUAAAUAUUAUCCAAAAACUCCCCCUGUUCCCGAUGAAAUGAAUGAAGCUUAUGAUGAGUCAAAUUUUGAAAUGCCUAUGAACAAUGAUAGUAAUAUUGCAGAAACUCUUGUGACUAAACAACCAGAUCCAGCUCCAGCUGUCAAUCUGUACACAGUGCCACCAACUACGUUGUCAUCUUCAUGA